CAAAGAGGCCUGACCACGGAAACACCUGUCCUAGCACCAGGAAGACAGUGGGAAAGGCAACCCCGUCUCCGCGCCGGCCCCAAAGCCUCGGCUGCAGCGAUCGGGGGAACAAGAGGCCCGCUGCCGCUGGUCUCACGGGUGCGGCGGACAAGGUCCCACACCCCCGGCCCGCCUCCCGAGAACCAGGAAACCUGUCAAGCCAGCCUGCACCCACCCUCCGCAGCCCCCUCGCGCUCCUGCCCAGCCCGGCCCCGGCCCGCCCGACCGCUCCGCGUCCGCCCGGACCUCCCGGCUGCACUCUGCCACCUCAUCCCUCCCCGGCUGCCUCGCGGCCCCGCCACCUCCGCCCCGCGGCCUGGGCUCAUGCCGCCCCCCGGGCAGGAGCGCCCCGCCGCCACCCCCCACCCGGCCCCGACCCGACCCCGUAAGUUCCCCACCGGCCCGGUCCCCGCCGCCCCCAGGCCUGAGCUCCCGCCGCGCGCUCCCCACCCCGAGACUCCGCCCUUGCCCCGCUCGGCCGCUCCCGGCCCACUCCCCAAAGCCGGCUACCUGGAGGUAAGGGCGACGGAGCACUUCACCCAGGGCCCCAGGUCGCAGAGGGCCCGGUGCUCGGGGUCCCGCUCCUUCUGCCUCUCCACAUGGUAGGCGUAGAUGGAGAGCAGGAUUCCGGCAGCGCACACUGCAUACCUGCCACCCGCUCCCACCGCGGCACCCACACUCUCAGCAGGACGGGCGCCGCCAUCUUGCCGCCGCCAUCUUGCCGCCGCCAUCUUGCCGCCGCCAUCUUGCCGCCGCCAUCUUGCCGCCGCCAUCUUGCCGCCGCCAUCUUGCCGCCGCCAUCUUGCCGCCGCCAUCUUGCCGCCGCCAUCUUGCCGCCGCCAUCUUGCCGCCGCCAUCUUGCCGCCGCCCUCCGCCUCCACCUCAGCCGCCGCCGCCCGUCGGGACCCGACCCAGCCGCCGCGGCCGCCGCCGCACCCCAUUGGCUCGGUCGCCUGCUCCGGGCCCCGCCCCCACAGGCGCGCGGCCCAACCGCCCCGAAAGGAUUUCCAUGGGCUACGAAUCUGGGUGAGGUUAGCUGUGUCCUCUGGCUCAGGCUCUCAAGAGGAUACAAUCAAGCUGUCAGCCAGGGCUGCAGCUCUCUCAAGGCUUCAGAAUCCUCUUUCAAACUCACUUCCACUGCUGCGGGCAGGCCUGAGGUCCUCUCUGGCUGUUGGCUGGAGACAUCAUUUCCUGUCCACUUCCACCUCUUGCUUUUUGAAUCUCUUACUCACCAAACCUAGUCUCUCUGUGAAGACCUGCUCUGCCUUAAUCAAUAUUUUCCCCAUAGACCCAGUGAGAGGUAGGUUGGGUUAUCUUCCUACUCUUCAUGGCUGCUCAGAGACCAUUUCUUCUUCUUCUUCUUCUCCUACUCCUUCUCCUUCUUCUUUCUUUUUUUAGUGAUGGAGUCUCCCUCUGUCACCAGACUGGAGCACAGUGGCACAAUCUCAGCUCACUGCAACCUCUGUUUCCUGGGUUCAAGUGAUUCUCCUGCCUCAACCUCCUGAGUAGCUGGGACUACAGGCACAUGCCACCACGCCCAGCUAAUUUUUGUAUUUUUAUUAGAGAUGGGGUUUCAUGAUGUUGGCCAGGAUGGUCUUCAUCUGUUGACUUCAUGAUCUGCCCGCCUCGGCCUCCGAAAGUGCUGGGAUUACAGGCAUGAGCCACCACACCCAGCUCUUCUUCUAUUUUUUCUUCCUCCUCUUCUUCCCCCUCCCCCUCCUUCUUCCUCUUUGUCCUCCUCUUCCUCCUCGACAGGGUCUCACCUCCCCAGGCUCAAGCAAUUCUCCCACCUCAGCCUCCCGAGUAGCUGUGACCGCAUGUGCAUGCCACCGUACCCAAUUGAUUUCUUUUUAUUUUUUGUAGAGAUGGGGGUCUCACUAUGUCACUCAGGCCAGCCUCAACCUUUUGGGCUCAAGUGAUGCUCCUGCCUCAGCCUCCCACAGUGUUGGGAUUACAAGUAUGAAGCACUGUGCCCAGCCUAAUUUUUCAUCUUCUUUAGUUAACCUAACUGUCUCUGUGUUCUCCAGCAUUCUAUUCCCUUGAAUACUCAAUCUCCUGUGUGGCUGCUGCAGGUCCUGGAAUCUUUUUAGGAUUUCCUCUCUAAAGGCCAUUCAAAAAGUGGUGAGUUAAUUUGCCCACAGUCCACAUUGCAGCCAUCAGCAAAGCCAAACGCCAGCCGUGCCUGGAUCUCCCUGCAUACCACAUUCAUCCUUAUCUUGCACACAUUUCCUUCACUAUGCGAGGACAAGAACACUUUUGAGCUAAUGAACGUGCAUGUUCUCUGCUCAAAGUAAAACACAUAAUAAAUAACCCCCACCAAGAUGCUCACUUCCUGGUGGGUCUGUGUGUUAAAAGCAGUUGUCUUCAAAUCUAACUCCUAUGAAUGUUUAUACUUCUGUUUAUUCUAAAACUCCCUAAUUAGAGACUUCCCAGUAUCUUGCAAUUCCUCAACAAGUCAUAGGGAGCCCAGGAAUAUAUAUUUUUUUGAGACGGAGUCCCACUCUAUCACCAGGCUAGAGUGCAGUGGCACCAUCUCAGCUCACUGCAACCUCUACCUCCCAGGUUCAAGUGAUUCUCCCUUCUUAGCCCCCCGGGUAGCUGGGAUUAUAGGCAUGUGCCACCACACCGAGCUAAUUUUUGUACUUUUAGUAGAAACAAGAUUUCACCAUGUUGGCCAGGAUGGUCUCGAUCUCUUGACCUCGUGAUCCUCCCACCUCAGCCUCCCAAAAUGCUGGGAUUACAGGCGUGAGCCACCGUGGCAGGCCAGGAAUAAAUUAUUCAAAAAUAAUUAGCAAAAGGCUUUACCUUGUUUCAUCAUUUAGUUGAUGAACUUUUCCAGUUUAAUUAGUCUCACCAAUAUAGAAAACAUUUUUAGAAGAGGCCUCUUUGGGUUAAGAACAAGUGUGUUUCUUUCUAGCUGCUCUAGAGAAGAAGAAGAAGAGAAAACAACAAGGCCCAUUUUAGGAACCUUUUAACCAUGAGUAGAACACAACACAAGGAAAACUUUCUCUUUUAUAUAAGAAAUAUAUUUUGGCCGGGUGUGGUGGCUCACGCCGGUAAUCCCAGCACUUUGGGAGGCCAAAGCAGGCAGAUCACCUGAGGUCAUGAGUUUGAGACCAGCUUGGCCAACAAGAUGAAGCCCUGUCUCUACUAAAAAUACAAAAAUUAGCCGGGUGUAGUGGUGGGCACCCAUAAUUGCAGCUACUCGGGAGGCUGAGGCAGGAGAAUCGCUUGAACCAGGAGGUGGAGGUUACAGUAAGCGGAGUUUGUGCCAUUGCACUCCAGCCUGGGUGACAGAGAGAGACUCCAUCUCAAAAAAAAACAAAACAAAAAAAAAACAAAAAAAAGGAAGGAAGGAAGGAAUUUCACAAAAGUGCAUUUAAUGCAGGCAACUUUUGAGCAUCAGAGAAAUUGGUCUGGAUUAAGUCCAGAGACGCAGUGUUGCGUUGCUUACAAGAAUGGUUUGGAAUCCCAGCUCUACCGCGUUAAUAACUGCCUGUGCCUAGCAAGGUACUUAACUCCCCUUUGCCUCAGUAUCUUCUCCAUAAAAUGGGGAUGGCAGUAGUACAGUGGUCCAUGCCUCUGAGGGUUUGAGGAGAAUCAGUUACAUGGUGACGGGCACAUAGUUAAUGUUCAAUAAAUGCUAUAGCUAUUAUCUUCAUUCUUGUGUCUAUGGGUGAAAGAAAAAUGCAACAUUGGAUCAGAUUAAAUUCUUCUGGAAGCAAUGGCUUAAAAUAAACUGCUAUUCAAAAACUAAAAUUAUCAUAUUGGGCUAAAGCUAUCCAAAAUGUAACUGAUCUGUCUUCCAGUAAUUCCACAAAAUAGAUAAAUGUGUACACAGUUACUUAGAAGAACAUUUAACAACUGCAUUUAAAUGUAGAUUCUUGGCUGGGCAUGGUGGCUUACACCUCGAAUCCCAGAAAUUUGGGAGGCCAAGUUGGGUGGAUCACCUGAGGUUAGGAGUUUGAGACCAGCCUGGCCAACAUUGUGAAACCCUGUCUCUACUAAAAAUACAAAAAUUAGCUGGGCAUGUUGGCGGGCAUCUGUAAUCCCAGCUACUCAGGAGGCUAAGGCCAGAGAAUCAUUUGAACCCAGGAGGUGGAGUUUGCAGUGAGCUGAGAUCGCACCACUGCACUUCAGCCUGGGUGACAGAGACUCCAUUUCAAAAAGAGCAAAUAAAUAAAUAAAUGUAAAUUCUUGGGCUUUGUUUCAUUCAUGAUUCCCACCAGCAGAGCAACCUAACAAUGUAUAUAUAUAUAUUUUUUUUUUGAAAUUAUUAUAUUGCUUUAUUUGAUAUUUUCCAUUUCUUCUCUUAUUAAAUACAUUUACUUUCAUGGUAUAUUAUACUAUGUAACUUCUUUAGUUCUAUUUUUUUAUUAUAGUUUAAGUUUUA